UCUAAUCUCCCUCUAAACUCUAAAGCCUUAUAAAACCCCAUUUUCACAGACGCGAGUACUGAAGUACAAACACACACAAAUCAAGAACAAACACACAAGAAACAAUUCAAAGUUCAAUUUUGCAGAAACAGGAAAUUCUCAUUGUCACAAAUCUCAUCAUCCUUUGCAUUUCUCUGUACGUUUCCUUUGCAAUCAUUACUCGAGCGUGGGUUUGUUGUUGGUGUUAAUUAAUGGCGGAUCUAUACGGAACCAACAACGAUCGCUCUUUUUCCUCUUCUUCUUCACUUGAAUCCGAAGAUAUGUCGUCUUUCCUCCAAACUUUCCUCAACAAUCCGUCAACUAAGGGAAAGUAUGAACAGUUGCUCCCUUCGCCGCCGUCGAUUCCUACUGAUUUUCUCGAUUCUGACAACCGGAUUUCUGAUCUCAGCUCUUUUUAUUCAACGGAGGCGAAUCAGGUAAACUUUCCUCCGACAAUCGAUGUGGCUGGAUUUGAUAUAGGAUGUCAGGUACAAAAACAGUCCGAGGGGCGUCAAAAUUCAAACCCUCCACGUUCCUCAAAAAGGACAAGAGCAGCAGAGAUUCAUAAUCUGUCUGAGAAGAGAAGGAGGAGCAGAAUUAACGAGAAACUGAAAGCUUUGCAGACCUUGGUUCCAAAUUCUAACAAGACUGAUAAGGCAUCAAUGCUCGAUGAAGCCAUUGAAUAUCUGAAACAGCUUCAACUGAAAGUACAGACGCUUACUAUGAGAAACGGGUUUGGGUUGCCACCUAUAUAUUCACAAGAACAAGAAAUGCAAAGGGGAAUGAUAUACAAUGAGGGAUUCAAAUUACCAAAUACAAGUGAAGUUGGAAUUACAUUCACCCAAAAUCAAGAUUUCUCAAUUCGAAGGGAAUUUGAUAUUCCUAAUCACAUUGGGAUGCCUACGUUAACAAACAUCAUGAAACCAGAAAUUGUUUUUGGUUCGGAACUCGCAAAUGAGAAUCACUAUGGGUUUACGAAUAUGAAGGAAAUAGGUCACAAUAGUGGAAAAAUGCCUUCGCCUGGCGUGUCCUUGUGACCCUUAACACUUAUUGCAUCUAGAUUGGAGGAGUAUAUAAAUAUAUCAGAAUGUUCCCUGGUUUUAUGUAGUAUAAUAAUUAUUUAAAAACAUUUAAGUUCCAAACAGAAAAAUAGAGAAGAAUUGUUUGGAUGUGACCUCUUUUGGUCAUUGAAUCUUGAUGUAGUGGUUUAUAUUUUAGCUUAAUUGCCCGAAAUGAAAACGUACUUUUUAUUUAA